UCCCCUAGAGCUGGGAAUCCCAAACGGAUCAGGAAAUGACGUUGUUUUAAUGAUUUCAUCGCAAUAAAUGGAACCAAGUCAUCGAGCCACUGAAUCAUAGUUAUCAAAGUAAACAUACAAUGAAACGUUCGUCAUUAUGUCAAUAAUCGUAUCGUCAGAUCAUCAUUGAACUGAAUAUAUUCCGAAUAAAAAUUGUCCGUUGGCGUUGAUACAAGUGUCCGCCAUCUUUCAUUGCAGUUUUGUAAAAAUCGUAAUGGCCAAAAAGACGUAUGAUCUAUUAUUCAAGUUAUUACUCAUCGGUGAUUCUGGAGUUGGAAAAACGUGCCUGUUGUUUAGGUUUUCGGACGAUGCCUUUAACACCACGUUUAUUUCCACCAUAGGUAUUGACUUCAAAAUAAAGACAGUUGAACUUGCUGGGAAGAAGAUAAAGUUGCAAAUAUGGGAUACUGCUGGACAGGAGAGGUUUCACACCAUCACCACGUCCUACUACCGUGGGGCCAUGGGCAUCAUGCUUGUCUAUGAUAUCACAAACGCACGCACCUUUGACAACAUCUCAAAGUGGUUGCGCAAUAUUGAUGAGCAUGCAAAUGAAGAUGUGGAGAAGAUGAUAUUGGGGAACAAAUGUGAUAUGGAAGACAAGAGACAAAUCUCCAAAGAGAAAGGAGAAGUAAUUGGCCGGGAACACAAUAUUCCAUUUUUAGAAACCAGUGCAAAGGCUAAUAUUAAUGUAGAAAAGGCAUUUAUGGAUUUAGCAGCAGCCAUAUUAAAAAAGACUCCAGGUCGCGACCCCCAGCAAUUGGGAGGCCUAGAUGUUCACAAGACUCAAGACACGGGUAGCAGAAGGUGCUGCUAACUGACUAGUGUAGAGACAUUUCUUAUAACUUUUUCAUCAUUUGGUGUCAUUAACUGCUUGCUGCUUCAUCACUGGUGGUGCUUUCAUGGUGUUCUCAUAAUGUGUGUUCCAUUGAUGUUAAUAACAAAGAAAAUGAAUGAUGAAACAUUUGUCUAAAGAUGCAUGCUUGUAAACAUUAUUUUUGAUCCCCUUUAGGCCUUUUUUCACUACUGGGGAAGGGGGUAAGGGCCUGAUACUAGAGCAGGUAAAGUUUUUUUCGGUGGGUAAAUACUCAUUUAAAGGCAAAUUUUUUUCAAAUUACUAUGUUCUUACACUUGAAGAUUAAACAAACAUUGUUGCUUUUAAAUUUUGUUCUUAACCUGGGUUACAUUAUUUGUGCAACAACAGCUUCAGUUUCGCUAGAUACUAGACAUCUGGGCAAUCUGUAUUUCUACAUUUCUUAUUUAGCUUUUUUAUGUUGGAAAUCCUUAAGUCUAUAGCAGAAAUUUUAAUCCUAAAAUCUAGAAGCCGUACUUCAUUAUAUUUUUUUAUGAGGACCUUGGACCUACAAUUUGUGGGCUGUUUCAUGUGUUUCAAAUUGGAAAAAAUGCAUGCAAGUCAUUUAAGUUAUUGGUAGUUUGAUUUUUUUGAGCUGAUAAUGAAGUCAUUAUUUUUUUUUAUUGAAAGUUCCAACAGAAACAAACAUUAUCCAAAACUUACAUAACAGAUAUAAACCUAACCCGACGGGAUUGAUGACUGUAUACCUUCAUUUUCAGACUAUCCAUUGCCUGCUAAUCCAGUAUAAUCACCAUUUCUAUAAUUCAAAAGCAAAAUAUUCGCAAUAUUGAUGAUAAAUGUGUUAAAGGAUUUCAUAAAGACAAACUUCUUCAUUUAAAUUAAGUAUAUUACUACAGUGGAUUGUGGUUUAGGUGUAUGCAUAAAUAAAGUAAUGGUGUUUGCGAAUUGAAAUAAACAACCAUAUUUACAGUUCAGAUUGAAUUAAUUAAUUUUGCUGGGGCAAGUCGUCUCAGUACAUCUUUGGGUGUUGAUAAAAAACACUUGCCCCUUGUUGGAUUGCUAUGUGUCUCAUAUUUGAAAAUAAUGAAGAUGGCAGAAAUUAAUAAAAGAUUGUCUGACAACUCUAUUACUUUAUUGUCCAAGUAAAGUUUGUGUUUUUUUAUUGAUAGUAAUGUUUUUGAUUGUUGUUUCGAAUACUGUAAUGCUUUUUUUGGUCUAUAUGCAGUUAUGUAUGAAACUGUGAUUUUUUUAAAUGCUUAUAAAAUGGAUUUCUUUAAAAUUUUAGAGAGUUAUGUUCAUUUAUGUUAUAAAAAACUUAUGUUAGUAUUUUUGGAAAUGUCUUGUUUCUCACUCAUUGUGGGUAAAAAAAGAAUGAUAGUCCAGUUUCUUUCAUAAGGAGUCGGAUAAGUAUUAUUGUUUCAAACAUUUUUCAAUCUUGAUUUAUUUGCCACAUUUUAGUAUUUCUUCUUUAGUACAACUAAAUUUUUCCCAAAGUUAUAUUUGUUUAUUUAUUCUUUUCUGGUUUCGGGAAAUUGUUAGAUUACUUAUUUUUUUUUAUUGAAUGUUAAAUUAAUUGCUUUCAUUAAUUCCCUAUCACAUUACUAAAUUGCAAGAAAGUACUUUCUUGCUGUUAAGUUAUGUGAUAAGGAGUAAAACAUAAGGCAGCCAAAGAGCAACAAUAAGGAUUUUGCUAAAAUUAAGUAUUGCCACAUGAUUUGAAUGUAAUUUAGCAUGGUGUGAUAUAAUGGAGUGCUUUAAAUGAUGUCAUCCCAUUUGUAAUUAUCAGUUUUGGACCGUUUGAUUAUGGUCAUUGACCAAUCUUUACCCAUUAACUCCUGAAACGUUUGAGUAUCCAUAUUAAAAUUAAGGCGGGCCGUGAGGAAACUGGGCUUAAUGAAUGUGCAUAAAGUAUCCUCCCAGAUUAGCUAGUGCAGUCUGCACAGGCUUAUCAGGGACGACUCUUUCCGUUUUGAUUGAAUAUUGUGUCCUUUAUUUUGCAAUUGAUUGUUAUCUGUUGCUCUGUUGAGGAUCUAAAUUCCACUACAACAGAAUACAUUUAACGGCAACUAUGGUAAAUGAAAUUGUUUUUCUUGGAUUGGCAUCUUGCGUUAUGUGAUGAUUGGUAUAUUUUGAUGCAUUCGCUCGAGAUAUUUUUUUCUUAAAAAGCUUGACCAAGAAAGAAUUCUGCCUUUGGCAAUAAGAACCAUUUUAAAAAUCAGCUUCUCUUUUCACUUAUUUUUUGUGUCCUUACAAUUCAUUUUACUUUUGAGUGCAAUCUAAGAUGCAAGUGUUAUAAUAUUUUCAUAACAAGUAAGUGAGAAAUAUAUGAGAAAUAUGAUGUAAUUAAUUCAAAUUGUGUUUUUUCUAUGUUAUGAAAUGUUAAGUGUAAUUGACACUAAGUAAAGACAUUCUGGGUAUUAUGAUUUGAUUUUUUUUCAAUACUGCUGGUGAAUUUGUCAUGGUGCAAUGUACAAUGGAAGAUGUAUGUAAGAAAGAAAACUAACAUAUUUUAUUGCUUUCAUUUUGCAUCACUGUCCCACAGGCAUGUGUGAAUAUAGUUAGACUAUGUUUUGACUCAAACAGUCUGAAAUAUGAUAACCUCUUUAAUAUUUUGUUAACAGGAGACAAUGGCUUAAAAAUUAAAAAAGGUAUUGAAUUACCAUUCAGGAAAAAUGUGUUGAUACAAAUUAUAUCUUUCUCAUCAUUAAGUAACUUGUGUUAUUUCAAUUAUGAAAUGUCACGAGAUCAAUUUAUGUUAUAUUGCCUUUUUGGUAAGAAAUACAUCUAUAAGAAUAUGCUAGCAAAAUAUAAAAGUUUACAGGGUAAUAAGUGUUAUGUAAAAACAAUCUGUCAAGUAAACAGUCAAUUACACAGAUGCUGUUUGAUUACAGAAAAAAUUAAACAGAAACAUGUCAUCUGUAUGAAUACAUUUGUGAUACACUUGGAACAAAAUGGUUUAUUGAUCUGAACAAACUGGUGCAUUUCUGUUUCGUUUACUCCAGUUGGAUUAUUAUAACUUGGAUAGUUAAGCAGCAUAAGUCAUGUAUACAAGCAUAUUGUUAUCUAAUCAGAAUGAGUUAUAUUCCGUCUCACAUUUUUAUUUUGUUAAAGAUGUCCAUCUUUUUGAGUGUAAAAUUUCAUUGUUCAUAUAUGCUAAGUGUAUAUAUUCUAGGACACUUCUAUAUGUUUGUGAAAGUCCACAUUUGUCAGAAAGUGAAAUUUUAAAAGGUUCAUUUAUCAAAUGAUGUUAAUUUACAUAUAAAUUACUAUACUAUUAUUUAUCCUUUACUUAAUUAUGUUUAAAAUAACAAAUAUAUACAAAAUUUAAACACCAAUAUUGGUAUGUCUUUACUAAGAUUUUUUAUUGGGUUUAAUACAGUAUGAUUUAUGUGCAUUUUGUAUGGAAUAAUGUGAUUUGUUUAUUUAGACAAUUUUUUAAUUCUGGUAUUUCUACAUUAAGUUUUUUGUUAAGUGAGCUUUCACAUAUGUUAGAAUGGCUUGUAAAAGCAAAAACAAUUCACAAACACCAGUAUAAAUGUUAGAUGUACUGUGUAAAUGUAUGUAGUUUUAUGUGUAAUUUUGCCAUUGGUUGUGAAAUUGGAUUAUUUAAGUGUUAUAAUCAUAGACAAAGAAAGAUCAGGAAUACACAUUAUUUUACUGAGUAUUGAGCAUACAAUCGCUUAGUUAUAUUGAACUAAAAAUGAAGCUGAAACAAGUAUUUACCAGUACUACAUGUGUGUAUUGUAUGUAUGUCAGUCAUAAGUUUUGGGUCAAACUUCCGUAGAACAAAAGAAUGGCUUAUUGUUAACCCUCAUGUGUCAAUUUUAACCAUAUCAAACGAUGGGCUAAUUAUGCAGACGAUUAAGAUACCUUGGAGUUGAACAAUAUUUUUACGUUGAUUUAAUGUGUUUAAGAACAUGGUAAAGCUUGUUUAAUAAUUAAUGGCUUUAUUGACAAGGGGCUGGAUUUGUUGCUGAUAGGUAUCUGGUUUUGCAAAAUGGAGUUAAAUAUGUAAUAUUUGGGAAGAUAUUUUAAGAAAUGGCUUUGUUAACACAAAGCAAUAUUCACAAAAUGUGUUUAUGUUUGAUUGUCAACUAAAAGAACUGUUCUUGUUAUAAUGUAAUUCAUAAAAAAUGUAUUUUGUGUAUGUUAACUUCAUAUAUUGUGUACGUGCUUUUAUAGUCUAAUAAUACCAUUACAUGUAGUGAAAUAAGUGUAUUAUUAAUAAUUAUUUUUUUCACUAACGUCAUAUCUAAUUUUAUUAAUACUACAGGUAUAUUUCUACUUGAUAAUCUUAAAUUCAACAUUGUUCAGUAAAUAUAAAUCAGACAAUAGUACUGCUUUGGUAUUUAGUCGAUGUUGUAUUAUAUCUUGAUAAACUUGGAAUCGACAGGACUACGAAAUACGCUCAGAGAACACACAUAAGUUAACAUUUGUGAUACAAAUUCAAUUACACGUGUGAGUUGUAGAUUAAUGGUCAAACACAAUAAUAGAAGAGAAAAGAACCCUGUCAGGAGCAUAUUUUUGCCCUAAUUAAAGGACUCUUAAAUAACAACCGAAAUGCUAAGCAUUGCGGAAAGGUGUUGCAAAUAACAACUAUUGAUUUAAGCUUGCAAAAACACGUGAAUGUAGAGACUCUACGUUACGCAAGAGACUAGGCUGCAUGGAGUGGGUCAUGCGUGUCAUAAGGACGAUAGAGUGGGUCAUGCGUUUUAUAAGGAAUAGGUAUCGUUCAUAUUAAGUUGGACAUAAUUUUUAUUAUAAAAUGUUGCUUGUUUCUAGUGUCCGAUAUGAUGUCCAACGUUGUAGGCCUACGUAGCGAUUUGCUUGUAAAUUAUGUAAGCUAUAUUGGUUUAGGUCGAAACGUUAGUUCGGUGCUUAUUUUGAUAGCUCCGUCAAAGUAAAUUUUUCUAAAUUGCAAACGUGAUGCUUUAACCUUUCUUGAAGUUAGUCGGCGAUGCAUUUUUAUUUGCGAACCCUUAAAAUAAGAAAAAAAUAUUGUUGUGACCUAAAUACCAUUUGAUGAAAAACAAUAUGUGAUUUUCGAUAUAAAGUGCAUACAAUGCACCUUUCAGUUCAUGGUGUGUCACUUCACUUGUUUUCCUUUAUAUUUAUAUUUUUAUUUGCAUGUCUGUCAACAUAUGUAUUAGUAUAAUAAACACAAUAAGAACAA